CUUAUCUUUGAGAAGACUAUUGUGUAAGACGCUGUAUCAGCUGUGGCACCAGCCGUGCCCAGGGCAGCGCCGUCCCCCGGCAGCGCGGGGCGCGCCCGGCCCGGCCCCGCGCGCAGUGCGCAGGCGCGGCGGUGGCGGCAUGGGCGACACGCUGGAGGAGCCGUGGUGGGACACCGAGCCCGGGGCGGGCGGCACGCCAGAUCCUUCAGAUGAUGAAGCUAUUGAAAAAGCGAGUGAAAACAGGACAGCAACAUGUCAAGAUUCAGAUUCCAAACCUGCUGUGAAAAAGAAAAGAAAGCAGCCUACAGAGUGUUUUUUAAGUCAGCCCAAAGAAAAGCAAGAGAGCGCUGUGAAGGCAAAGAGGAGGAAGAAGAAGACGAUUUCUGAUGUUCUGCAAAAAUCUGCUCCAAAACCUGGUGUCCCUGCAGAUCUACAAAAUCUACUUACUCAACAUUUUGGUGAAAACCGUUCUGUGAUUGAAAUAGAGGAAUUAAAGCUGUCAGACUCCUCCUUUUUGCCAGCCAAUGAUCUUACCCACAGUUUUUCUUCAUACCUGAAGGAAAUCUGUCCUAAGUGGGCGAAGCUCCGGAGAAGCCACAAGGAGAAGAAGUCGGUGGUGAUGCUGGUUCUCUGCAGCUCUGCCCUUCGCUCCUUGGAACUCAUCAAGUCAAUGACAGCCUUUAAAGGGGAUUGCAGAGUCAUCAAGUUGUUUGCAAAGCACAUAAAGAUAAAGGAGCAAAUGAAUAUGUUGGAGAAAGGCAUGUUUCACAUUGGGGUUGGAACUCCUGGGAGAGUAAAGGCACUAGUGGAGCAAGAUGCCCUGUGCUUAAACUCCACGAAAUACCUGAUUCUGGAUUGGAACUGGAGAGAUCAAAAACUAAGGAGAAUGAUGGACAUCCCUGAGAUAAAGAAAGAAACAAUUGAUCUACUGGAGAAGAGUAUUAUAAAGCUGUGCAGAGAUGGGUCUGUGAAGCUGGGACUCUUUUAAUGAGUUUACCAACAAGGAAGUAAUUUGCAGCUGCAUUUUACUAUUAUCCUGCCUGCAACUGAAUUUUGACUUUUCACAUGUCUCAAUACAGAAGGCACAUUGCAACUUUAUCUGAGUUUUCUUUUAAUAAAAACCCAGAAGUUUUGUUUGUAGUUCUAGUAUUAUUUUUAUUGCAGUUACAAUGUCAUAUGGAAAUCAGAGUUACACUGCUUUCACCUGCUAGAUCUACUACUACGUGUCACUAGUAAGACUUUGAAGAUGAGCAAAUAUGAAUGUGAAAGUCUUUGCACAGCUCAGUUUUCUGUUCCCUCCUGUGCUGUCCUAAGUGAGACAUGUAUUUUGCUCAUGAGAAUGGUAAUCUACUUGCUCUUGGGGGGGGGGGGGUUCUUUGAAAAAGUUGUAUGAAUUUCAGUAGCAUGUUAAAAAGGUAUUUUUCAUCUAUCUGUUCUAGAGCUGGCCAAAUGCUGCUUUUUGCACUUACGUGAUAAAUUACCUGUGUAUUAUACUGAGAUUUUAUUUUGGUUAAACUGUUGAAGUGUGCAAAAAGUAUUCUUGUAUUUGUCCAUUUAAAUUAAAAUGAGGUGAUCUCUG